AUGGGAAAAAUUGAUUUAAAUCCUACUCGGAAUCAUUUAAAAAAGACUCAUAAACGACUUAAAAAAUUAACUAAAAAGGGAAAGUUAAAAAAACAUGUUCGUGAUGGAGUUAAUAGUAUAUACAUCAGAAAGAAGAAAGACUUGAUUAAACGUAGACAAAAUAUUGAAUAUGAUUGGAUUGAGGAUCGUGUGGCUUUACAAGAGGAAGAAAAUGAAAAUGAUAUGAAUCUUGUUCCAAUUGAUAUGUUGAAUUCUGACAUUGACUGGGAAAAUACACCAUUUAAAAAUGAGCGUAAAAGAUUAAUGAAAAAAUUAAGAAUGGAAGAGGAGGAAUCUAAAAUUAAUGAUGAAGUACCAAGGAAGUUUAGAAAUAUAGAAAAAGAAUCUUUUAAUAAUAAAAGUUUGUUACCAAUAAAGGUUAAUGGGAAAGUAGUUUUUAAAGAAGAAAUUUCUGAUGAACCAGAAAUAAAAGAAGAAUAUAUUGAACCUGAAACACCUGAAAAUAUUCCACAAGAAGAAGAUACUAGUAAAAAAGAUGAUGAUUCAGCAAAAUAUGAAAAUUUGUCUUCUGCUGAGUUACUUGGUUUACGUAAAAAUGAGUUAGAAAAAGUAAAACAACAUAUAUCAAUUGCUUCUUUAUCAAUUAUUUCUAAUCCUGAACAAAAUAUAGAAAAACUCAAAGAACUUUUAAAGUAUGCAACUGGUAAAAAAGUUGAUAAAUUAAUUCAGAAAGAUGUUCAGAAAAUAGCUACUGCUUCAUUGACGGAAGUUUUAAUAGAUAUUAUUCCUGGUUAUCAUAUUCGUGAAUACACUGAAGCUGAAAUGGAACAAAGAAUGAAAAAAGAAACUAAAGCUUUAUUUACUUUUGAAAAGACACUUUUAGAAGUUUACAAACAAUAUCUUGAACAUUUAGAGUUUUUUGUCAGACCAAUAACAACAAAAAAUUUUAAUCAAGGGAAUAAAAAAUCUUUUGAAUACAAAAUGGGUAUCAUAAGUAAUAAAUGUCUUUGUAAACUUAUUAAGCAUACAACUCACUUCAACUUCUCAGCAAAUAUCAUAAAAUUAAUUGUUAGAUUUUCUGUUUAUUGUUUAGAAGAAAUUUCUUUUGAAUGUUGCAAAGCAAUUGAUGAAAUUGUUGCAGCAGACUAUCAAUUUAAAACAUCUUUGUGUGUAGCAAAAGAAAUUGCUUCUGUAGUUAAGGAUAGAAAAGGUAAUGUUCCAACAAGAUUAUUGGGUACUUUGUUACAUCUUAAUAUUAAAGAAGUUGACAAAAGAACUGAAGUUGAUGAAAAAAGAGAAAAACAUCAUUUUAAGGCAAGAAAAAAUGCCAUACAUAAAGACCGAAAGUCUAAAUCUGUUUCAAAAUAUGAAAAACAAUUAAAAAAAUUAGAAAAAGAUUUAAAAGAAGCUGAGGCUGCAAAUUCAUUAACUGAAAAGAUAAGAUUUGGUACAGAUACAAUGAAACAUGUUUUUACAAUUUAUUUUUCUGUACUUAAACGUCUUAGCAAAUCAUCACUUCUUGAACCUGUACUUGAAGGUUUAGCUAAAUUUGCUCAUCUUAUUAAUAUUGAAUUUUUUGAUGAUUUAAUUGCUUCUUUAUCUCAAUUAGUUCAAGAUGAAGAUAUUCGUGUUCUCGAUACUUUACAUUGUGUAUAUACUGUUUUUGUUAUCUUAUCAGGUGAUGGAAAAACAUUAAAUAUUGAUCCAAUAAGUUUUUAUAAAAUUAUGUAUAAGAAAAUGGCACAUAUACCUUUUUAUAAUGAAGAUUUAAGAAAAAAAUGUAUAGAUAUUUCAAUACGAUGUGUUGAUAUAAUGUUAAAUGUUAGAAGAAAAUUUGUUCCUACUGUUAGAGUUGCAGCAUAUGUCAAAAGAUUAAUAGCUAUAUCAUAUUUACUUGACUCAAGAUGUUUAGUAGCAAUUCUUGCACUUAUUAGAAAAUUAUUUAUAUCUCAUAGAAAUUUGGUUACUCUUGUUGAAUGUGAAGAUGAUGAAGAUGAAGGUGGUAGUGGAUUAUUUUAUCCUGAAGUUGGUGAUCCAGAUUGUACUCAGGCAAUGAGUUCUACUUUAAUUCCUGAUUUAAAAAAAUUAGUUGGACAUCCCUGUAAAGAAGUUGGAAUUUUUGCUAUUCAUAUUUUGGCUGGAUGCCCCUCAACAGGUGAAAAUAGAUUAUCAUUAAAUUAUGUUAAUAUUGAACCAACAAAUUUUCUUGAAGAUGAAUCAAUAAAACUUGUUCCAUCACCAUAUAAAGAAGCAAUAACAAAAAUUGCUAAGAAAGGAAACACUAUAUUGGAUUGGAAAAAUUUACAAACAUUUGUUGAAAAAUGGCUUUUAUAA